UGCUGAUUGGCGCCGCGUCUCAGUGCAGCGAGCACCGAGGCGGGGUUCCUCGCCGAGCGGCUCCAUUCAGAGGGCUGCCGUCCACUCGGUCCUCACCCGCCCGGGAGAGACGCCGCUCUCGGUCACAAUGCGUGGUGUUUCUGUUACAUUGACUUUGUUAGUUGUCUCGAUAACCUUUGCUGCCUGCUCGCCCUGGUCGGAUCCACUUUCUGAAGUCGAGCACCAUGAAAUUGUGAGACCUCGUCUCUUGGGCUUCACGCCGGCUACAAGGGAUCUGCCCCAUUCCAAGGUUGCCUAUCCAGACAGGGUCAGUUAUUCUGUACAUCUGCAAGGGGAAGAGUUGAUUCUCCAGUUGGAAAAGAAUUGGGAGCUGCUGGUCGAGCAUUACUCAGAAAGGCAUUACACGGAGAAUGGAACAGAGGUGGUAGAUUCACCACAGCUCAAGGAUCACUGUUAUUAUCAUGGAAUUAUCGAAGGUAUCGCUGAUUCCUCAGUCAGUGUCAGCACCUGCACAGGACUCAGGGGGAUUCUCACAAUCGGGACCACGGUCUACCUGAUCGAGCCACUGGACGAAUCUGGGACUGAGGAGCACGCGGUUUACCGGCAGGAGCACUUGAGGGUAAAGCGUGGCUCCUGCUCACAGAACUUCACGCUGUACGACGAUGGACCCAAAGUGGCAGCUCUUUACCAGCCGCCCAGCAGGAGAUCAAUGCAUCUUUCACACAACACCAGAUAUGUGGAACUCUUCCUGGUAGUGGACAAUACUGAGUAUCGAAAAUUCAACCGAGACAUUCUAACCAUACGGCACCGAAUGAUGGAAAUAGUGAAUCACGUGGACAAGUUGUACAGGUCUCUCAAUAUCCGCGUGGCUUUGGUAGGUUUGGAAGUGUGGACCCAUUCGGACAAAAUCGUGGUCAGUCCCAAUCCUGACACCACGCUAGAUAACUUCUUGAUAUGGCGGGGGAAGGAGCUGAUACCAAAAAAGAGACACGAUAAUGCACAGUUGGUCACCGGCCGAAGCUUCGAUGGAACAACGGUUGGAUUGGCGACGAAAUCUGCCAUGUGUUCCUAUCAAUCCGGUGGAGUGAACGAGGACCACAACAGGAACCCGAUUGGGCUGGCUUCAACGAUUGCCCACGAGAUGGGUCACAACCUCGGCAUGUCUCACGAUGAAGAUUACAAUACGGAAUGUAGCUGUGUUACGAAGAAUGAUGGUGGCUGCAUUAUGGCAAAGAAGACAGGGAUUGUCUUUCCCAAAAGCUUCAGCAGCUGCAGCUACCGGGAGUUACAGAUGUUCCUGGCCACAGAGAGAACCGACUGCCUGUUGAACAGUCCCACCGCGGACGAACUGUAUGGAAGCCCAAAGUGUGGCAACCAGUUCCUGGAGCGUGGGGAGGAAUGUGAUUGUGGUACCAUCCAGGAAUGCACCAACCCUUGUUGCAAUGCCACAACCUGCAAACUGAAGGAUGGGGUGGAAUGUUCCGAUGGAGGCUGCUGUCAGAACUGCAAGAUCCAGCCAGCAGGACAAACGUGUCGGACUGCACAACACGACUGUGAUCUGACAGACUACUGUGAUGGGCUGAGCAGUCAGUGCCCAGAAGAUGCCUUCAAGAUGAAUGGCUCUCCCUGUGGGAAUGGGGAAGGCUACUGUUACAACGGGCAGUGCCCCACCCCUCGAAAGCAGUGCAUUGUUCUGUGGGGACCAGAUGCAACAGUGGCCUCGGAUCAGUGCUUCAGGCAGAAUAUGAGAGGAAACAUGUAUCUUCACUGCAGAGCAACGGAAUAUGGUCAUGAAGCCUGCCAGGCAAAAGAUAUCAAAUGUGGUAAGAUGCAUUGUGUUGGAGGCAACAAGUUUCCAGUCACACAAGCAAAGUACGAAGUGAAAUUGUCGCACAACAUACUGUGUAAAAUUGCAAUGCUGAACAAAGUGAGUGCAAAGGAGUCUGACCCAGGGCUGGUCCCCACAGGAUCAAAAUGUGGAAACGAAAUGGUCUGCUACGAUGGUCGAUGCCAGAGUCUCCUCCUUUAUGGAGCCAGGAACUGUUCCAGCAAAUGUAACAACCAUGGGGUUUGCAAUCACAAGGGAGAGUGUCACUGUGACCCUGGCUGGGCAAAGCCAUACUGUGCCACACAGACAGAUAGUUCAGCAGCGAGAGGUAAUGCCAUAAUCAUCACCCUCUCAGUGCUCCUGCCUUUCAUCAUUUUACUCAUCAUAAUAAGUGGGGGACUUCUCUAUUAUAAAGGAUGCUUAAUAAAGAAAUAUACAAAAAAAUUGCCAAUAAAAUCUACUUCGUGUGGUUUGUCAAAUCCAACGUUUGUUGAUGGAAAGGACAGAAGCAACUGGAAAGCCAUGCACCCCCGCAGCAGGAGUUCACAUCUGAAACACUCACUACUCGAUGCCUCGAAGGAGGAUCGGCGAUUACAGAUCACAGUAAUACCCAGCCGCCCAGCGCCUCUGCCUCCAAAACCAGAUCCGAUCAAGACACUAUCUGCAAACACAACAGCUAAGUCAUCACAGCACCGAAUGGUGAAACCAAGUGCACCUCCUCCUGUCCCGCCUUCCAAACCAGUUCCAACUGAACGUGUAGCGGUUCGACCACCUCCUCCCCCAUGUAAACCACUGCCAGAACUGAAGGCCAAACCGCUGCUAAAGCCUAUGAGUCAGCCUCCAGUACCUCCUGUCAAACCAGGCGUUCCAAUUGCAACGUCCAAACCUCUACCGAAUGGUUUCAAGCCAAAAGUUGCCUUAAAGCCACCAAAUCAGCACAGAUGAAGAGGAAGUGCGUGGCAGCAUCACUGCACUACAGAGGCACAGCUGUGGAGCCAUCUUCCUACUCUUCUGUCAGGAAGAAGAUAAAAAUAUCUUUGGUUUCUUAUAUUAAUUUAUACAGUAAUCAGUGGGAUGACAAAAAUACUUGAUACAAAAAUAUGUUGGCUAGUUUGAAAUAACAUAAAAGAAUUUCUCCACGAUGCUGUUUUCAUUGUACUGUAGCUCUGGUACUUAAAAAGGAUAUUUUUCUUGUUUUAAAUUAUAUAAAUUAAAGAGAUUCUGCUGCAGUGAUGGGAUGCAGUUGUGAAGUAAUCCUUCUGCUAAGACAAAUUACUUGAGACAAAAUGACAGAAAUUGAAUAAAAAUAUGACCUUUGUGUUUCUUGAUUUAAUCUUACAGAAAGUUCUAAGCUUGGGUAUGAAUGAGGAAGCACAUUCUCCAGGUUUUUCAUGAGCAAUCUGCACUUAAUUGCAUCAUUGAAUUGGAAUUGAUCCAAGUGAGAAGAAGUCUCCAAUAUCCUAUUAUCUGAGGCUAGUUUCAGAUGAGGGAACUGCGUAAGGAACAGGCUGGUUAGACUUGGUGGGUGCACAACUAUUUUCCUAAACGAUACCAUACAAUGGUUCAGUGCAACAGGCAAUAACUAUAGCAUGUUGCUGGAGCGGUUAUCAGGACUAAUGAACCAAGGCAUGUGUUCAAAUGGAAUCAAAAUUUAAUUAAAAUUAGUAUUAGGGACAGCUGGUUGGAUUGCCAUAAGAAUAGCCUCUCUAAUGUUCCUUUGUUAAAGGAAAGGUUUGAGCUAAACAAACCAAACUGAUCCUAGUUACCUCUUCACUCUGAGGUGGCUUGGCAAGACUGGACAACCAGGGUUAAUAAACACCUAUUGUUAGCAAUGCUUAUGUCCUGAGGAUACAUACGAAAAAGAAAUCAAGGCUUUGGCCCACAGUUACAAAUCUGUCCGUGUCAAAAUACAAUCUCAGUGGAACUCAUCUUAACCAUGCAUCAAUCUGCAUUGGUAUAGAUUUUCUUUGUCCUAUACAACCUUCAGAGCCUUAUCUAUGUUCCAUUACAUUUAAAUAUCGAAAAACAGUGACUGGGAAAUGAUUACUUGGACAUACAUGAACUGGAUUUGCAUUAAAAUCCAAGUUAACAAGUGAAGUAUAAAAACAAUCCUGAUUAAAUAAACAUAGGAAUUGGCCAGAGUUUUUCAUCAGUCAAGACAACUACUUCAAAUAUAAAACUUAUUUUGUGAUUUAACUCAUGUGAGCUAUCAUUUCCUCUGUAAGUGACAAAUGCUAUACCUAUUCCUGUUGCCCACAAUUAUUUAUGCAAGAUGAAUAUUGAAAAUCAAAAAUGCUGUCUGCUAUGCUUCUGACUUCUAGGUUGAAAUUCACAAUUUAGCACAAGCAUUAAAAAAAAAGUGACAUUCCAUUCAACAAAAUUCUAGCGUGUGAAUAACUCGGUACAAAACCAUUAACUGAAGUUACACUUGAAUUUGAUUAUUUUUUAAAUGUGGUUUACAGGAAAAAAUUAUGCUAUUUCCCAAUUGAACUAGUGUUUUUUUUAGGUACUCCAUGGAAAUCUGAUGUUUCUCAAAUCUUAUUUCUUUUGAAAGCUGAUAGAGGGCAUGAAGAGCCUCAUAAAAAUAAACACUUUUUAAUUUGAAUUUCUUCAGCUACAAGUUAGAUAUUCACUUAAAAAUAGGACAAUGCUA